AAGUUUUCAUGUACAUAUUUUUUUUCCUUUUUUUGCUUAAUGUACAAUGUUUGAUAUUACAUUGAACAUAUAUUUUUAUAUAAAUUUUCUUCCAUUUUCUUUUACUGCGUGAGUAUGAGGAAAAUAGUUUCCAGGCCCCACUACCCCCAGGCCCACAGAGCCCCAGCACGCCGGCCUGUGGUACACGGUGAUCACGCCACGACAAGGUGCAACAUAUGCUUAGGGUAAUGGGUUUUAGUGUCUUUGCUUAGAAACUAGGUGUUUUGAUUUAUUAUAAUCAAAUAUAACUAUAAACAUUUCUUGAAGAAUUAUACAUUAGCAGUAUCAUAUAAAUUAUUAAGAAUCUAGACUUUGUAUUUAUACAAACAACGUUAAGUCAACACAGUCUAAAUGUUUAUGUAUCGACAGUUAGUGUUGUAUUUGGUAUGGUACAGCUGGCUCCUCCUUCCUGUGGGCCUAGCCCCGUGGCGGGUGGCAGCAGCCAUGGAGAGCGGUGGGUGGCAGCGCUGUUGGGCCACCUGGAGCUGCAGGAACGAUGGCGGCCAGCAAGGCACACAUACAGGGCCUAGUGAUGCCCACAGCUGCUACCGCCAGUCUGCCAUCCCCAGUCUGUGUCCACAGUUACUAGAGGCUACAACUUCUUACACAGUAAGGUGAGGCACAAGGUACAAAGAAAGACCAUACGAGAGGUACAGAAGGCGGCCGCAUGGGCUGGCCUGGGAAGCAGCAGCGGCUGACUCUCCCUACCUCCAACGCGACCACACAACAGGUA